GAACACAAUCCUUCGUUACGGAGCCGCGCGGACCGAAGGAGGAGCAGGACACAGAGUGGAGCCGUGAGAGCGAGCAGAUGUGAGCCGGACGACGCGCAGAGAACACGCUGCAGUGACGACGGAGAAACCCGCGAUUCUGCUAACAUGUGGCAACCCGCGUCGGAGCGAUUGCAGCACUUCCAGACCAUGCUGAAAACGAAGCUGAAUGUGCUGACGCUGAGGAAGGAGCCGCUGCCCACGGUGAUCUUUCACGAGCCUGAGGCCAUUGAGCUGUGCUCCACCACGCCGCUCGCAAAGAACAGGACCCAUGCUGGAUACAAGGUGACCUACCUGGGCAAGGUUACUAUCUCUGGAACUCAGUUCCUGUCUGGCUGCACAGAGUCGGCAGUGAUGGGGCUGGUGGAACAUCGUGCCCUGGCCCAUCAGCAGGGCACGUGCCCCGCAGGUAAUUCUCUGUUGGAGAUCCGACCCUUCCAGGUGCGCCUUCACCACCUGGACGACCACAGCGAGGCCUCUGUAACCAUGGACACCUACCAGGUGGCCAGGAUCGCCUACUGCACGGCCGACCAUAGUGUCAGACCCAACAUAUUUGCCUGGAUCUACAGGGAGAUCAACGACGACCUGUCCUUCCAGAUCGACUGCCAUGCUGUGGAGUGUGAGAGUAAGCUGGAGGCCAAGAAGCUGGCUCACAAUAUGAUGGAGGCUUUCCGCAAGACUUUCCAUAGCAUGCGCAGUGACGGUCGCAUCCACAAGAGUGGCUCAUCGGACGACUUUGCGGAGGACUCAUCCACCCCUGAAGACUCAACCCCAGAGGACGGUUGAACUGAAACUCACCUAAGCUCCCGAUCUCUACCCGUCUCAACAUAGAGACGGGUGACUGGAAGGAUGGACUGAUUACCUGCUUUUCUAAUUCUCUCCUACUAUCUCUCUUUCUGUUAUCAAUUUGGAAUUAAAUUUACUCACCCUGUGAACCAACACACCCAGAAUAGUGAAGUAGCUUUGAAAUACUGUAAAGGAAAGGCAGAUGGAAAGGAAGUUACAAAAGACCUACAUACAGUGAUAGCGAAUAGCUGCCACUUUGAAUAAAGACCCACAGGGGCCUUUUUCAGCACUUCUGCAAACUCCCUCAAGAGAUUGACUCAACAGUUCCAUUUUCAACCACCGUCACGUCUGCACUCAGCAGCAACACUGUUUGUGGUUCUUUAGCUUUUUUCAUCUAAGAAACCAGGUUCAGUCCCUGUUCUUCUGACCCCAACUCAUGAAAACCCAAUGCUACUCUUGCCAUGUAGGGACCCAGCAGCAAUAGACCUGUGACCUAUUUCGGGUCCCAACCCAGAGUUUAUGAGACUGUUGGAGCACAUAAAUUCCUUAAAUGACUUAUUAUGUGGAUCUCUGUCGCAAUGCCUUGGUUAUAGUAGAUGAGUACGUGAAAGAAUAGCUCAGCCUUUAAGCACUGCUCAUAUCAUCACUAUGGUACCUUAUAGUCCAAGCCCAAAAUGAUUCGUUGGCACGGCUGUUACUCACGUGGACAACGGAGCCAGAGCUUCUCCGUCUCUGUUUAAUAGGUACGUAAAAGAUCCCAAGUAUGUUAAAGGUGCUAAAUGAUUUUACAUUUUAGAAGCUCUCUCAAGGCUGAAAGCCUGGGCCUCUCUCAGACACCGUAAUCAUCCGCAUAUGGCUUCUGUUUAAAGUAUACCAAAAUUCAGGCUGGAUUUUGCCUGUCAGAUUAUGUGCCUCACUUUCCUCUCACAUUAGUUUGGUCUCUCAACCAGGUCCCAGUGUGGCCGUGUGUGUGUGUGUGUGUGUGUGUGUGUCAAUCUUCUUUUUUUGUAGUUUCUGUAUGUGUAGGUGUAAUUGCUUACUUCUGUACUUUAUGAAUGUACAUGUGAGUGUUUACAUCUCUGUGUGUGAAAGAUGAAAGGUAAGGGGGGGGGGAGUUCAGAGGGGAGGGAAGACUUCUCAUUGCCUCUGAAGCGUCCAUUUUUAUUGAUGCUCAAGGAGACGUUUUAAAAUCAGACAUGGUACUGUGACCAUUUGCCACGUUUUCUUACUUUAAUCUCGUAUGAAAUGAAAAUAUGAGUGUGAGUCUUGACCGGGCCAGUCACUGAGGUUGUUAGGAAACCUAAUUCACAGCCGUCCAAGGAAACGAGUGGCACCUCCUUGCUUCUGCUGAAUGUAUGAUGAAACCUCACACCGUCUCCAGUCAGUUCAGUCUCUCAUAAUCUCAUGUUCUCACUGAGUGAGCUGGUGACCAGUUUACUCUUUGUUGCCCUGCGUUGCCUCGCUGGAGCGACCGAGGCGUCAUGGUGGAGCAAAACAAAAAAAAAAUCACCAGAGCUCCAUGCUACUUUCUUCUUUUCUUAUUGGACUGUAUUGAACAGACUGGAUGCUAUCAAUGAAAAUGGUCUUUGGUCAGUGACUGAAUGAUCAGUCGGCACUGAUCAGCACACACUCUCAUAAACACACCUACAUACGACUAUACAUAUGUACACACAUUGUAUUUGAAUCUCGCUCAAUAAGCUUAUGUAAAUACAAAUGUAUCACUUUCCAAAUAUUACAGUAUAAAUGUUGAUAGCUAUUUUAAAUAAUAAAAAAAAACAUCAUGCGAUACAGAAGACAGUGUUAUAAAGCCUACUGUGAAUAAUAAAGUGGAGAGCCUGAUAGCUGUGGCUGUGAGAGCAUGUGUGUGUGUGUCUGUGUGUGUGUGUGUGUGCCUGGAAGGGAUUGUGUGUGGCGAGGGUUGUGUAUGCAAAGGACAGGGCUGUGUGUGUGUGUGUGUGCGUGUGUGUGUGUUUAUAAAGCUGUAGAUUACUGUGUCACGUCUGUCUGAAAGCUCUGACGCGCUUUAAAUGUUUAAAAAAAAAAAGUUACAUAAGUGUUUUCUAUACAGUGUUUGCAAAGAUCAAGAAACAAUUGCAUAUAAAGUAUUUACCAAGA